CUGUUUCUUGAGUCUCGGAUUCAACUCCUCAGCUGGCCACCAGGGAAAACAGGAUAGGAGACAGAGAAGUUACUCCUAGACUUAAGGCUUGGGUCACCUGGCUGUGGUGGGAAUUUCUGACAACAUCACAAGAUUUUCAAAAUGGCCGGCGAUACUUGGGUUUUGGAGUGUAAGUCCGCAGAGGAUCUUGCCUGUGAUAUUAUGGAAAAGUUAAACGAAAAGAACCGUUUAAAGAGAUCUGGAGCGAAUUGUUCCAAGGUUGAUACGCAGUGCCGUCUCAUGCUUCAAAAUUACACUAAAGAACUUCAAAGAUUAAAGGAUGAACUCAGACGAGCGUCAUCAUCUUAUUUCAUAACAGACAGGGAGGCAGAACGACGUCAGGACAUGAUUGAUCAGCUUGUUACAAGAGAGAAAAGAUUAAAAGCAGCAUUUUCCCAAGAGUCUGCUCAGUCUGAUUAUGGAAGAGGAUCCUUGCUUGGUACUGGAUCGUCCUUCAGUGUCCCAUCAGAUCCCUGGUCAACUGAUGUGGAAUCCGAUGACACUAGGAACAAAGGAAUAAACGAACUUCGUCAGCAACAACAGCAAAUGAUAGCAGAGCAAGAUCGUGGCUUGGACGCUUUAUCGGAAGCAAUUCAACGACAGAAAGUCAUAGGCAAUGUCAUUAUGAACGAAGUUGACGAUCAAAAUGAAAUAAUUGACGAUUUAUCUAACAGCGUUGAUAAUACUCACAGAAAAUUGAUACGAGAAGAUGCUCACGUGAGAAGAGUUACAGCAAAAUCUUCCAACUGUGUAAUGAUGGUCGUUAUUGUUUUAUUAAUAAUCGCCAUUAUUGUCGUUGGUGUGGUUCCCAAAUGAAAAUUUCCUGCUGGUACUUUUUACGACUUCGAAUCUGAGGUAAACAAAGUAUCUCAUUUUUUACACAGCACUCCAAUAAAUUUUGGCCUCAUUUCUCAUGAUGAAUAAUUAUCGGUGGAAAAAAGAUUUCUACUUGGCGAUUUUGAAAUUAGAAUUUCAUACGAAGUCUACGAAAUACUAUUUACUAAGAAAUAGUAGGCGAAUUUUCAAUAAUUAGUUUUACUAUCGUUAAUAUAAACGUUGAAAUCUGCAUCCAAAACGCGGACGAACCACGCAAAUGCUAUUUAUAUACAUAGUUGUUGUCAAUAGAUAGAUACGGUUUUUCACUUAAAUAUCUCGAUGAAUAGGAGAAUGAGAGACACUUGCUUUUCUUGUAGUUUUUAAGACAAUCAGAAUAUUAUAAACAUACUCUAAGACAACGAAA